UAUAGAGAAAAGAGAGUACAAAGUAGAGAUUACAAGAUCACUCAACUAACCUCUCAAAUAGAUCUCGCAAAUCUCACAAACUAAACCCUCAAAUAAUUGCUCAGAAAUAUCUCUCUUUUCUGUGCUCAAAAUCACCUUCAAGCUACCCCAAAAUCCAAUUCUAGCAAUUGGAACGAUAGAAAACCAUAAACAAAACGUAUUUCUAUUUAUAUCAAAUAGAAAACCCAAUCAGAAUAGGAAACCAAGCCUAGCCCAAAACCGCAUCGCGGUCGACCGUGGCCAAUCGACAGAGAACAAAAAACCACUACAGGGUCUCGCGGUCGAUCACCGCGUCACUCGCGGUCGACCGUAAAAAAUCCAAAAACUUUUCCUGUGUUCGUGCACGUUCGCGGUCGACCGCUGAGCCACUCGCGGUCGACCGGACCGAACUCAAAACUGUCCUCCUCUAUUUCCUGAACUUCGAUGUUUCCUCUUCACUCUGGGUCGUAAUCUCGGAGUUACAUCCUCUCCCACUUCAGGGUCACCAGAGACCGUCAUUAUUUAGACAGUUGUGAUUUAAUCCGAAUAUAAUUAAACAUCAUAUCAUCUAUAAAUUGCAUCAUUUCUACUUCUCACUCAAAAGCAAAUCAUAAUUUGCCACAGAAUGAUAAAAUUGUUAUAGCAGAAAAAGUAACUCUCCGUUUCCUAAUCUUAAUAACGGGUAGGAUGUGAAUCUGGUGACUCUGGGACAGGAAUGAUGGAAAUCAACGGGCGUCGACCGCGAACGUUCUUCGACCCCUGUUGGCACAAGACAGGGACUUGAUUCUCUGAUAUUUGAAGGAGCACUAGGACAGUGGACGGCCCGUCAAGUGCUGGCCAUGGUGGUUAUUGUACCGCCAACAGGCCCAACGACUUCCGAAUGCACUGACUAGGUAUCUUCAGAGAUUUUUAAGAUGCGUCGCGUUCACUUUGAUUUUCUUCUCCUUCCACUUUCCACCCAAAACAACAAAACAGAAGGUGCUUUUCCUUCGUAUUCUCUGCUUGCUUCCCAUUUUCUUGCGCUUUCACUUUCCUCCCAGUCUCCCAAAUGACGACGGGACAGUGACUUCCCUGCUCAUUCUCCACUUCCGUCCAAUUUCUCUCGACCCAACCGCUUCAUUUUUCCAUUCCAGGCCAUCACGUCAUUUUGGAAACAUCUUGGAGAAUUAUGCACAUCGACUAUAAGCCACAGCAAACAAAAGUCGCGCAUUAAUCGCAUCUUUACAUCUGAACAAGGACCUGAGGGUAGGACAUUGGGCGCAACGGAUUGCAUCACACGCAGAAAAAUUUCGUUGUAACUCGUCAAAACAAAACAAAAGACUCACUAAAAGUCAAAGUCUAGCACUCACAUCCUAAUCAGUGGAGGCUUCCUUUCCUCUUACCUAUAAUCUACUCAACAUUAAGUUAUUAAAGAUAAGAUCACCCACUUCUUUGUGCUCGUAAGAUGUUCAAAUUAUCGUCCAAAAGCAGCAGCACGAAAUUUUUGACCAUCUCAAAUCCCGUCUCAAUCAAAACAAUCUCUUAUAACAAUCCAAGAUCACCAACGGAAGCAAACAAAUCUCUACACUGAACAUGAGCCAAAUAACUGCUUGUCUUCUCUUCAUCCUGCUUGUCCUUGCUCAAGCCUAUGCAAGGGACACGAUAACUCCAUCCGAAUCUCUGAACGACGGCGAUCUGCUCGUCUCUUCCGACGAAACCUUCGCCUUAGGCUUCUUCAGCACGACGCCUGGUCACAAAUACGUCGGCAUAUGGUACAACAAUAUCUCUGUCAAAACUAAAGUCUGGGUCGCCAAUCGCCAGACUCCGAUCACAGACUCAAAUGUGAGCUUAGUCAUCACAAGCAACGGAACUCUCGCUGUCACCACUUCGAACUCGACGAUACUCUGGUCAGUAAACUCGUCAUCAUCGUCGGUCGUGACCAACCCGGUCGCGAAACUACUCGACACGGGAAAUUUUGUAGUUACAAGUAAUUCUUCUGAAGAAUCCUUCGCAUGGCAAAGCUUCGACUAUCCAACGGACACACUGCUUCCAGGCAUGAAGCUCGGGUACGACCUCCGCACGGGUCUGAACCGUAACCUGACCGCGUGGAAAUCUGAAACUGACCCGUCUCCUGGCGACGACUGCGUCGCCAUGAACAUCCACGGUGAUCCGGAGCUCACCGUCUUUUUUGGCUAUGUGAAGCGGUGGCGGUCUGGUCCCUGGACCGGCGAUGAUUUCAACGGGAUACCAGAAAUGAGCACCUACACAAAAACUGGAUUCUCAUUCAAAUUUGUCGACAACAGUAACGAGAUUUACUACAGUUACGACAUGUCAAAUAAGUCCAUUCUCACUAGGCUGAUGGCUAAUAACACAGGCAGAGUUCAGCGAUGGGUCUGGACCGGGCAAACUUGGAGUUUAUUCUGGUCCAUGCCAAAUAACGCUUGUGAGUACGGCAAAUGUGGAGCCUAUAGCACUUGUGACCCUAACGCGAGCCCAAUUUGCGCGUGCCUUGACGGGUUUGAGCCCAAGUCAAGUACGAACUGGAAUCUUGGAGAUUGGUCUGAUGGGUGCAUGAGGAAACAUAGAUUGGAUUGUGUGAAUGGGACAGAUGGGUUUUUGGUUGUGAAGAAGGCGAUGUUGCCUGAUACAUCGAAUUCGACAGUCGAUAGGAGUUUGAGUCUGGAUCAGUGUCGCACAACGUGUUUGAGGAAUUGCUCGUGCACGGGGUAUUCGAAUGCGGAUGUGAGAAAUGGAGGGAGUGGGUGUAUUAUUUGGAGCACUAAGAUUAUGGAUCUUAGGUUGUUUAGGUUGUAUGAAUACGGUGGGCAGGAUUUCUUUGUUCGUCUGGCUGCUCAAGAUAUAGAAAGUAAUUCUCACGAAAGCAAAACAAGGGUUGCCAUUAUAACAGUCUGCACUGUUGUGGGUUUCCUACUUUUGGUUCUUACCGGUUAUUGCAUAUUGAAGAGGAAGAAGAGUAGAGGAACAACAGUUCCAGUUUACUACUCGAAAACUGAUCACAAUAUGGGAGAAAGUAAUGGAGGAAUGAAGGAUGUAGAGCUUCCUCUGAUCGACUUUGGUACUCUGAUGACCGCAACAAACAACUUUUCAACAGAAAACUUGCUUGGGGAGGGUGGAUUUGGUCCCGUUUACAAGGGUAAAAUAGGAGCUGGACAAGAAAUUGCUGUGAAAAGACUGUCCAAAGAUUCAGUGCAGGGCAUUGACGAGUUUAAGAAUGAGGUUAUGCUGAUUGCCAAGCUCCAACACAGGAAUCUUGUUCGGCUUCAGGGAUAUUGCAUUCAAGGGGAAGAAAUAAUGUUGAUAUAUGAGUAUAUGGCUAAUGGAAGUCUGGAUGCUUUCUUAUUUGACAAAAGCAGAGGAACAUUGCUGGAUUGGAAAACACGCUUUCAUAUUAUCGCAGGAGUCGCUCGAGGACUUCUUUAUCUGCAUCAAGAUUCAAGACUUAGAGUUAUUCACAGAGAUCUCAAAGCAAGCAACAUUCUUCUUGAUAAAGACAUGAAUCCUAAAAUUUCAGACUUUGGAAUGGCAAGGAUUUCUGCAGGUGAUGAGAUAAUCACUAAAACAAGAAGAGUAGUUGGUACAUAUGGAUACAUGUCGCCUGAGUAUGCGAUGGAUGGAAUUUUCUCCGUGAAAUCCGAUGUUUAUAGUUACGGGGUUUUGGUACUUGAAUUAAUAAGCGGGCAAAAGAAUAGGGGAGUUUUCCUCUCCCAGCCUCAUCUGUACCUCCUAGGAAAUGCAUGGAAGUUAUGGAAUGAAGGGAGAUGUCUUGAAUUGAUCGAUCCACUUAUCAGCUCCUAUUUUUCCCAAAGCGAAGUAAUGAAAUGUAUUCACAUUGGACUUCUAUGCGUUCAAGAAUGCCCAGAAGAUAGGCCGACGAUGCAAUCUGUGGCUUUUAUGAUCGAUAGCUCUGAUCCUUCACUCCCUAAACCGAAGAAACCCGGUUUUAUUGCAAAAAGAGACUCAUCUGAAUCGAGUUCAUGUUCAACUAAGAAAGAGCUGUAUAGUGUAGAUGAUGAAACGAUUACUGCUGUAACAGGCCGAUAACAGAUUAUGUAUGUGGCUAUGUGCUAGAUAUCAGUAAGAUUCUGUAUGGCUGAGGCUGUUUUUAUUAGACACAUGUAUUGGAUUAAAGAGACAUGAGGAAAAACACAAUAGAGGAGAAUGAGGAGGUUUCAGGUUUUAAAUCUUUGUUUACUAACAAUGAAAAUCCAGAACAAGAUAUUCUACCAGUAUGAGGGUCUUCAAAGGUGCACUAACAGUGAAUUGGUGGAACUAUGUGGAAAUGGAAAUCUAAAGGCAAGAAUACAAGGAUGAAAGAUCAUAUCAGAUUUAUGCAAACUUCAACCAACUGAACACGACAUCAAUGAAAUGCACGACAACACCAAACAACUCAAUGAAGAUCUGGAGGAUAAAGAACUUUUCCAGCACAAGUAUCAAUAGUCAGUUCUUAAAAAGUACUGUUGAGAUGCAUUCCACAUAUAUGUGUGCGUGCGUGUGUGUGUGGUGUAGUUCAUUCUAGACAAAU